AUGACUACGCCCAAUCCCAUCGCCGUUCGGAGAGAGUCCAUUAAGCAAGGAGUGUCGGUUUCUGAGAUCCGCAACUCGCACCAUGCUGAGAUGGCAACUAACACCAGUGCCCGGGCGGGAACCCUCGCUGACCCGGCGUAUCGGGGGGAAGUGGAGAAGCGAAUGAAGCGCAAGCUCGAUCGUCGGUGCGCGUUGUUCGUUCUCAUCUACAUCAUGAACUACCUGGAUCGGAACAACAUUGCUGUUGCUCGCCUUCGAGGGCUUCAAACGGAUCUGGAUCUGAAUGACUCGCAGUAUGCAACUUGCUUAAGCAUUCUUUACGUUGGCUACAUCUUGAUGCAGGUUCCUUCCAACAUGUUGAUGAAUCGCAUCCAGCGUCCAUCUCGAUAUAUAGCGGUUGCCAUUCUACUCUGGGGUCUGCUCUCGGUCCUGUCUGGAGUUACCAAAGACUUUGGUGGGAUGGUAGCAACACGUUUUUUCCUUGGCUUCAUCGAGGCCGCAUUCCUACCUGGAGCAUUGCUCAUCCUGUCAAAAUGGUACACCCGCCGGGAGCUCGCCCUUAGAAACGCAAUUCUCUUUUGUGGGAAUCUUAUAUCCAACGCCUUUUCUGCAUUGCUUGGCGCGGCAGUACUAUCGAACAUGCAAGGCGUUCUAGGCCAUUCUGCCUGGCGCUGGCUCUUUUGGAUUGAAGGUGCCUUUACGAUGGCACUCGCCCUACUUGCGCCCUUCAUACUACCGGACCUACCCCACAACACGAAGGGGUUUACUGAGGAAGAACGACAAGUGGCGCAGCUGAGGAUGACCGAGGACGUAGGAGAGGCUGAUGCCGACUCGUCAGAGCAAGGCACCUUUUCUGGGCUCUUCCUUGCCCUCAAGGAUAUUAAGGUGUAUAUUCUCAUGCUCGUCUUUACAGCAUAUACUGUUGGCUUGUCUUUCAACGCAUUUUUUCCGACAUUGACCGGAACCCUCGGGUUUGGAUACGUCGAAACGCUGCUACUGAGCUCUCCGCCAUGGCUUUUUGCCUGUAUCGUCAUGUUAGCCAACGCGUGGCACUCUGAUAGGACGCAGGAGCGGUUUUACCACAUCGUCUGGCCGAUGGGUAUGGGUCUGAUCGGUUUCAUCAUCAGCAUGUCAACGCUGAAUGUUGUGGCGCGCUAUAUUGCUCUGUAUCUGCAAGCAGGCUCCUACGCAGGGUUCUUUGUUAUGUACUCCUGGAUCGCUUCGACCUUUCCCCGCCCGCCUGCGAAACGCGCCGUGGCCAUCGCUUUGAUUAACGCGUUUAGCCAACUUGGAAAUGUGGCAGGCUCCUACGUAUGGCAUCUUCCCUCUAAUGGUUACAGGUACAGCUAUGUCAUCGUUACCUGCAUGUUUGGUGUCACGGUUAUUGGCUGUGUUGUGUUUAGGACAGUACUUGCGAAGCUGAAUCGAAAGAUCGAAGAAGGUGAAGAUCCCUGGGAGACUCAUGGAGAUGUCAUGCAGAAAACCUCGGAUAUGGCAAGGAGCGAAGGAGGAGAAAAGGUGGUGGUCUCCUUCCGGUAUUUGAUUUAA